AUGAUGAACAUGAAUAUCAAUAAUGUUCCUUCUUUCAAUCCUUACACUUCAAAUAAUUUUGAUAAUAUCUCAUACAGAUUAUCCCAACUCAACACAAAUUCUUCAAUCAAUAAAAAUCAGUAUUCUAACAACCAAAAUAUCAAUAGCAAUAAUAACAAUAACAAUAACCAAACCAAUAACACAAAUAGUAAUCAAAAUAAUGACAAUAACUAUGGUGCCAUGAAUAAUCUCAAUAAUAUGGUCAAUAUUAACCCCAUGAACAAUUUAAACAAUUUAAACAGCAUCAACAUGAAUAAUAACAAUAUAAAUAAUAUGAAUAAUAUAAAUAAUAUGAACAGUAUGAACAAUAUGAACAAUAUGAGCAAUAUUAAUAAUUUGACUAAUAUGGGUAAUAUGGGUAAUAUUAAUAACAUCAACCUAAAUAACCUUCCAAAUCCAAAUAAUCUCAAUUUAAAAUUAAAACAUUACAGCAACAACAAUAAUAACAACAACAACAACAACAAUAAUAAUAAUCUUACUUCGAAUACCUCAAAUAACCCUAAUAAUAAUAAUAACACUAACAACUCCAAUAGCUCUAGUAAUCCUAAUAAUAGUAAUAUUUCUGCUCCCAAUAAUAUUACAAACAUCAGUCAUCUCAAUUCUAAUAACAGCAGCAACAAUCACAAUUCGAUUUCGUCCAAUCAAACUCUUGAUUCAACCGAAGAACAAAAGCUAAAAAUCACUCUUAAAAUGAAAGAAAAUCAAAUUCAAAAAUUAAAUCAAGAAAUUCAAAGAUUGCAAGAAUCAAUGAGAUCAUUAAAUUUACAAAACUCUCUUUCCAUUUCCUUAAAUAAUAAUGUAAUUUCAAAAAAUUCAAAAGAUCUUUCUAAUAAUAAUAAUUAUAUCGAAAUCCCAACCCAUUUAAAAUUGAUCUUUCAAAAAUUAGUCGAAAAUCUUCAGGAUAAAGAAAAAGAGCUCGAGGAUACAAAAUUAAGAUUGGAGUCUUUAAUUACCGCAAUUUCUUUAAAUCCUUCCAAUAAUUUAUCUUCAACAACUAAAUUUGGUCGAUAUGACGAAGAAAACUUAGCUCAUAAAAUUAUAAUUAGACUAAAAUUAUUAAACGAUGAAAAUAUUCAAUUAAACAAAAUGUUAAGUUUUGGAAAAUCCAAAGAGAAGGAUAUUAAAAUCGGCUUAUUAAAUGUUGAAAAUGAAAAGUUAAAAGAAAAAAUUAAAAACUUAGAAUUAAAGUUUCAAAACCUCGAAUCAAAAACUUCAACUUCAAUUUAA